GCAAGCUGCAGUAGGCACUUUCUCCCUAAUUUCCUAUGAAUUAAGGUUAUCAAGGGCUGUUUACCCUAGAUAGAGUAGGAUAAAGGCGUUCAGUUUCGUGUUCAGGUGUUCGGGUGAAGUGGCCGUGGCGGAGGGCGAGAAUUCGGCAGUGGCGGGAGGCCUCGGCCUCACCGUGAGUAGCAAGGUUUUCAACAUGCAGGUGUACCCGAGCCCCGGGGCGGCGCGCGGCGUGUGGGCGCUGCCGCAGCCGCCGCCCUGCAACAUGGCGGCCGAGGAGGCCCUGCCCCCGUGCUCGCCGCUCUCGCCGGACGCGCCGGCCGCGCCGCCCCGCACCAUCACCAGCCUCAACCACCACUCCGAUCUCUACCAGCUCAUUUUCGAAGCGGUUCGCUCAGGAGAGGUGUCAGAAAUCGAGCGUCUGGUGGAGAAGUUGGGAUCAGAAGUGCUGAGUGCUCGGGACCAGCACGGCUACACUCCUGCGCAUUGGGCCGCCCUGGACGGCAGCGUAGCCGUCAUGCGGUAUCUAGUGGAACGCGGAGCACCCAUCGACCUUUCCUGUCUGGGAACGCAGGGUCCGCGACCGAUCCAUUGGGCAUGCCGCAAAGGACACGCUUCGGUGGUACAAGUGCUGUUGCAGUCAGGAGUAGCUGUCAAUGCUGCUGAUUUCAAGGGUCUGACCCCUCUAAUGACGGCAUGCAUGUACGGCAAGACGGCGACAGCUGCUUACCUCCUGGGCAUGGGCGCGGCGACCAGACUGUCAGACAUCAACGGCGACACUGCCCUACACUGGGCGGCAUAUAAGGGCCAUGCCGACCUGGUGCGGCUGCUUAUUUACUCAGGAGUGCCGCUGCAUUGUACUGAUAACUUCGGCUCCACGCCUCUGCAUCUUGCUUGUUUAUCCGGCAAUCUUACUUGUGUGAGGUUGCUUUGUGAGAAGGUAGGUAAGGUGAAAGCAGAACUAGAACCACGCGACAAGAACGGUAAGACACCCCUGAUGCUGGCUCAGAGUCACCGGCAUGCGGAAGUGGUCAAGCUGCUUCAGAAAGAGAUGAAACGCAAGUCUCACUGGAUGCCCCCUCUGUCGGAACUGUGGGCUCUGCUGUUUGGAGGCGCCGGGGACUCCAAAGGACCCCUGCUGUUCUUCCUUGUCUCAGUGCUGCUGUGGGGCUACCCCAUGUAUGUUAUACGUUGCAUUCCCUUAACAUGGAACACGCUACGCCUAUCUCACUAUUGCUUCCUGUACUGGAACGCUAUAAUGUGGAUAAGUUGGGUGAUCGCCAACAGGCGGGAUCCUGGCUACAUCCCACAGAAUUCUGAGACUUACUACCGGGCCAUCAGACAGAUUCCAUACUAUGACAAGUGGAAGAAGAGGAACGUCAUCCUCUCGCGACUCUGUCACACCUGCCGUUGUUUACGUCCUCUAAGAGCUAAACACUGCCGCAUCUGCAAGCGCUGCGUGGCGUACUUCGACCACCACUGCCCGUUCAUCUACAACUGCGUGGGUCUGCGCAACCGCAUGUGGUUCUUCCUAUUCGUGAUGAGCGUCGCCAUCAACUGCACGCUCUCCAUCUACUUUGCCUGCUACUGUCUACUGCUGGAGGGCUUCGGCCUGCUCUAUGUCUUAGGGCUGCUGGAAGCGAUUACAUUCUGCGCUUUAGGGUGGAUUCUUACUUGUACUUCCAUUCUUCACGCCUGCAUGAAUCUUACUACCAACGAGAUGUUCAACUACAAAAGAUACCCUUACUUGAGGGACAAGCGGGGUCGGUAUCAGAACCCGUUUUCGAGGGGACCCAUUAUGAAUUUAUUCGAGUUCUUUGUGUGUCUCCCUGAUAAGUGUGAUGAGCAGGACAUAUUCCAUGAAGAGACCAUUUGAUGCGAGCGUUCACAGAGCGAUGCAAGCUUGUCCGCUUGAUUGCUUCACGCCCAGUCGGCUGCACGAACUAUAUUUUGCGUGUGAUAAACUGUUCAAAGUGAUGUCGUGAGAAAUUGUGAUAUAAUUUUAUGGCCCACCGCCUAGCUUUAUCGUUCGUCUUUCACAUUGUACUAUAACCGUUAAAUUGGAUUAUAUAUAAAAUGUUAGUUACAUACUGAGAAAUAUAACAUUCCAAUAUUAUA